AUGAAUCCCUCAAGAGUACGCCUAGUUGCCAUUUUCGGUGCCACAGGUGCGGGAAAGACGACGUUCGUCAAUAACGCAUCCGGAGGAAACCUUACUGUUGGGCAUGAUGUUUUCUCAUGCACCCAAGAUGUGACUCUGGCAGGAGAGUAUGAGCAAGAUGGAUAUCUAGUUCAACUGAUUGACACUCCCGGGUUCGAUGACACCAACGUGAAGGACACAGAAAUUUUACAGCGAAUUACUGAUUUCCUAACAGGGGGCUACGAGGAGGGACAACUACUGUCUGGGAUCAUUUUCUUGCACAGCAUUUCCCAGCCAAGAGUUACCGGAACUGCAGCAAGAAACUUACGAAUGUUCAAAAAGUUAUGCGGCACCGAUUCUCUCCAAAACCUUACAAUCGUAACAAACAUGUGGUCUACGCCCCCAACUGCCCAGGAAAUAGAGCGUCAUAAGCAACUAGUCAAUACAGAUACAUUCUUUGGCGACCUCAUAAAGAAAAAAGCACGGGUCGCCUCGUUCCCAAAAUACGGUAGCCAGGCUCAGGCGCGCGCUAUCAUCGCGCCAAUGCUGGCGGGAGUCGCAACUCCCAUGUCAAUCCAGCGGGAGAUCGUAGAUGAUGAGUUAGAGUUAAAGGAUACGGCAGCUGGUCAAGUUCUUGAGGAUGAAAUGUCGAAGAAAAUAUCUGAGCAGCUGAAAGAGAUUGAAGCUCUUCGACUCGAGAUAAAGGAGGCUAGGGCGCAAGAGCGUGCGGAAAUAAUAGAAGAACGAGAAACACUUCAGCGCGAACUGCGUUCCAUUCAAGGACAACUAGAGCUUUUGAAGCGUCCCGUGACCGAGAAUCGUCGCCGCUGGAAAGGAGUAAUGAGGACACUUGCUAGGGCUCCAGGUAGUCUAGUCUUGGGUACCGUGGACACCGUACACUUCGCUUGUCAUUCCCUGAUAGGUCGAUGA